ACCCUCUGGAAACCGGGGGCGGGUUGGAAAGUUCAGCUUGUUUUGCGGUCGGCAUUUUACUGCAUGUGGCGGCUCAAAAGAAAAUAGCUACUGUUGAAGUUGCCUCCAAAAGAGUCGGAUGUGAUUGUGUCCUGACACCCUUUCAUUUUUCGGCGAAAUAUGGAUGAUUCAAUCCCGUCGAACAAAACCGAGUCUCUUUGCCGCGUUUGCGGCGACAAAGCUUCAGGAAAACACUACGGCGUGUCCAGUUGCGACGGCUGUCGGGGCUUUUUCAAACGCAGCAUACGACGCAUCUCCCUCUCUAGCAACUUGGAGUACGUGUGCAAGGAAAACGGCCGUUGCAUCGUCGACGUCACCCGAAGAAAUCAAUGCCAAGCGUGUCGCUUCAAAAAAUGUCUUCAAGUCAACAUGAAAAGAGACGCAGUCCAGCAUGAGCGAGCCCCACGGUCAACACAAUCAGGCCUUCACCAGUACCCCCUCAGUUUCGGAAGCCGCUUGAGGAGUCUCCACACUUCCGUCUUCUCAACUCUUCCCCUACACACCCCAACCCUUGACACCCCCGCAACUCUACCUGGACAUUACCUCCACCAAAACUAUCUCUACCCAGGAAUGUUGGGGUCGUUCCCGAAACCUAAUCUAGUCCCAGGACCCUUAGCAUUCUAUAACAAACCACCUCAUCCAGCAAUGUUAAAUCUCGCGUCCCGAACGAGCCUAAAAGACGACGAAGUCACAAGUUCGGAAGAGGCAAAAGAGCGGGAAAAAAGCCCAUCUGAGGAAACCCUGGACGAGAAAACUAACCUAGAGCUACCACUAAUGACCGAGUCUUGCAAACCAGUCCUAAGACCCUUGGACAUCCCCUGCCUCAGCCUAUUCCCGGCCGAAAACGUGUACGAAUCCGCCGCUAAACUCCUCUUUCUCGCCAUAAAAUGGGCCAAAAGCAUCCCCUCAUUCCUGCAAUUGUCCUACCGCGACCAGUCAAUCCUCCUUGAGGAGAGCUGGAGCGAGCUGUUCGUCCUGACAGCGGCCCAGUGGGCCUUCCCGGUCGAUGAAAUCAGCAAUGCCAUUGCUCCAACGUCCCGGCACGCAGCCCUUGAGGAGGAUGCGCGCCGUUUGAGGGAGAUUAUCACAAGAUUGACUCUUUUGCGGGUCGACCACACCGAACAUGCGUGUCUUAAAGCUUUGGUUCUUUUUAAGUCGGAAUGUCGCGGGUUGUGCGAGCCAAGUCAUGUCGAGCUAUUGCAAGAUCAGACGCAUGUCAUGCUGAAUGAGUACUGCAAUCAGAGGCAGACCAAAGGCAGGUUCGGGAAGUUGCUGCUUACCCUACCAGCGGUUCAGGCGGUUACGAGGAGAGGGUUGGAGGAGCUGAUUUUUCGGCAAACGGUCGGGGAUGUGGCAAUUGACAGGCUGUUGACCGAUUUGGCCAAAGCCACGCAUUAAGCGAGAUUUUGAAUCACUUGUAACUGUGUUAAUUGAAUAAAUUAUUGGAAAUUAUUGUGCAAGUUAUUACGUCUGUAUCUUCCACGAGGCGUGUUUUUGUGUAAUAUAUGUGUUUAAACAUUUUUUUUGCAUACAUCUAAUUCUAGACGUUGCAUUGAUAUUUUGCAAUUCAAUUCUGUAAUGUAGGUGACCUUGGGGAACAAGGGAAGUUAACAACAGUUAAUAAUUAGUUAAUAAUUUUCAAUUUUUAAAACCAAAAUGAGUGAGUUUUUGGAUACUAGUUUUAAAUAUUAUACAAUAAAUAAUCUUCUACUUCGUACUUCUCACAUUGCAUGUUGAGAAAGAGUCAAAAAACCUUGAUUUAAAGGAAAACGGCGGGAGUUGACCGUUCUAAUAACCGAUAUAAGCUAAACACUCGUUUAGAAAUAAUAGUAGAAGGAUAAAGAUUUAAGUGGCAGAUACGAGUUUUCAGUCGUCGAAAAUGAUGCAUUUAAAAAAUUUCGUUGUUUUGGUCGUUUGUCCCUUAUUCGUUUUUGCAAAAGUUGAAAUUCCUCCAGAUCUAGAAGCAGAAAUCGAUGAAUAUUUUGAACAAUGUUUUGAGCCAAAUGGAGUCACGAUGGAUGACAUUAAAGCGUAUAAAAUGGGCGACAAGGACCCGAAAAUAAUGUGCUUCAUGAGAUGUUUGUUCGUUAGCGGCAAAUGGAUGGACGAGAACGAAAAUAUGCAGUACGAUUAUAUAAAAGAGACAAUUCAUCAUGCGAUAAGACAUAUCACUAUACCAGAAUUGGAAAAUUGUGGAAAAGAAGCACAAACUGGGGACAAGUGUGAAAAGUCUUUCAACUUCUUCAUGUGUAUGAACAGAGCAGAACCAGAAGACUGGAUUCUAGACUACAAGUCCUAAUGGUAAAUUAAUGUAUGACGCCUGUAUUUAAUAAAAGAUAUGAUGUUAUGUAAUUUGAAGUAAUAGAAAAUAAUAAAGUAGGUACUAGCAGCAUAUGAAA